AUGUCCAACUCAAGAUACUCACAAUUAGAAAACGACAAUGAUCAAAAAUUGAAUACAUUAGCUAAUAAACUAGCUACUUUUAGAAAUAUUAAUGAAGACAUAAACAGUCAAGCUGUUAAUGAUAAUGCUUUAUUAGGUCAGAUAUCUAAUUCAUUUGAUUCGUUAGCUAAUAAUAUAAGGAAUACAUCGCAUAGACUCACUAGGACCCUAAAUGCAGGUAAUAAUAUAUGGAAAAUGGUAGGCUUGGCAUUACUGAUAUUUUUUAUCGUAUAUAAUCUAUUUAAACUAUUCUAA